AUGCUCAAGUUCGUGGCACCGAAGAUGCUACAGAAGCAAAGGGAGUUUGUCGACCUCCGUUACGUGAUCUGGUGCUGCAUCAACCCGCGGCCGAUGCAGAUGCGGUACGACGACGGCUUCAAGCUCUUCGUGGGCGCUCUGUCACCCCAGUACGUCGACACCACGAUGGCCUCCACCACCUUCAACAAGUUGCUGGACACGCUGCACGACAGGGUGGAGCAGGCUGUCGUGGACGACUUGCGGUCGGUGCGCGAGGAGUGUCUGGGCAUGGGAUAUGGCGGAGCUUUCCUUGGUGCCCAGCUAGAUCUCACGACUGUGGCCGGCGAAGAGUACAUCACUUUCGCCGUGUCGUACGUCAAAAAGGGUGACACGGAUGUUAGUCGUGUGUCGCUUGCGACACGAGCGUUUCCGGGCAGCCACACUGCCGACGACAUCAAACCCUGGAUCGAAGCGCUCACGCUGGAGUACUUUACGGACUUGAUGGGGGGAUCGGUCGAGUCUCAGGACGUCUUCCUCGCGUUCACGGUGGAUCAAGGGAAAAACGUCGUGAACGCGUGUACGGCGUUGGGAGUCCCGGUCGUCGAGUGCAACUGCCACCGCGUCAACUCCGCGGUACUGUGGGCGCUUGGCAUUGCGGGUUCUGCGACGACUUGCAAGAACAAGCCGAUGAAGAAGCUGGCAGCGUUGGUCGGUGUCUUCAGCCACUCUGCUGUCAACAACGACAUGCUGAAGGAACUCCAGCGGCUGGAGGCGGAUCUUCACCGUAUCUACGAGACCAUCCGGCGAAACGACACUAGGUGGACCAGCCAGCAGAAGAUGAUGGGUCGCCUUCUGAUCUUGAAGAAGCCCAUCAGCGAGUACUUCCGGCGACUAGCCCAGCAGAACUCCCAGAACAAGCAGCUGAAGCGGAAGCUGACUGCACACGAGUGGACCGUCACCAACGAGGUGUGCAGUCUCCUGGAGACCGUCUCCGAGGUCACGAUCCGCAUGCAAGGCGCCACGGAAACCCACCUCAGCCAGGCGACGUUCAUCAUCAACGAGGGGGAGGGGCAGAACGAGUCUUCGCUGGACGGCAUCUCCACGGAGGAGACCCAGGUGACAGGCCUCACCCUAGAAGCGCAGGACGUGGUCCAGGUGCUACGGGAGAUGAUGGACGAGAAGGGAGUGGGGAAGGCGCUGCAGAGGGUGGAGCGAUUGUCCGUGCUGCUGGAUCCAAGGCGGAAAACGCUGGACGACACACAUCUCAGAAACGGCUCCUCGGACCUCAAGACCCAAGCCGAAGCGGACUUGAAGGCGUUCACCGGCAAGUUCGCGCAAGAGUCUGCUCCGUCCACGCCUGCGCCUGCGCCAGUGGUCAACGUCGACACCGCAGAACCUGCUCGCAAGAAGAAGAAGCCUACUUCGAGAUUGGAGCAACGGCGCGCUGCACGUUUGGCGGAGGCAGUGGCAGGCGGUGGUGGUGGCAGCGGCACCACCGAUCCUCAGGCUGCCGGCACGGGCCGGCGCGUGCUGAUCGAGCGAGAGAUGCUGGUAUACUUGGCAGAGCAGCCUCAGGUCGACGUCGAUGACUUCAACCUUCUGGGAUUUUGGAACCGGCGGGGCACUGACAGCGUGUCCGCGGCGACUGGGAAGGUUACGUCUCCGGCCGAGAUGCCGUACCUGGCGUUUAUCGCUCGGUUGCACCUUGGGAUCGAGGCCACCAGCUGCCAGGCCGAGCGCAAUUUUUCAGCGCUCGCUCACCUCAUCGGCGACCUUUGCUGCAACAUGCUUUCGCACAGGGUCGAGCGCAUGAUGCUGGUCCGGCUCAACAAGCACCUGCUUGCCGAGGUCCGCGCGUACGACGCUGCUGUUGCGUGGGCACGAGCUAUGGCCGCCAAUAGCGCAGAGAAAUCCGCGGUUGCACAGGAGGAGAGAGCGAACACGGCGAUUGACGUCUCCUUGUAGACUAGGGUAGCCGAGAGUGUAGAGUAGCCCGCGGCCGUGCAAGAGGGGUGCCCCUGCUGAGUGUGGUUGUGGUUUUGUUGUUUUGUUCGGUGUCCGUUCAUCGUAGUACAAGUAUGUAUUUUGUCUUUUCUGUGUUUUUCGUCGUUCAUGCUUUCUUGUGGCAGUGACUUGUGUCUUUUGCCUUUUGUCUGGUCUCUUGUCUCGUCUUUUUUCUUAGCUUCUGGUCUUUUGUGUUUUGUCUUCUCCAGCUGGUCUUCUCG